GCAAUUAGGGAGAUUCCAGCAGGGGCCGCUGCGCCAUCGCCGCGUGACGACAUCACCGCGCGCCGGCGCUUUCUCCGCCGCUGCCGCCGCCACCAUGGAAUCCAACAGGGACGAGGCGGAGCGUUGUAUCGCUAUCGCGGUGGGCGCCAUCAAGGCCGGCCAGGUCGAGAAGGCGCGUCGCUUCUUGGAGAAGGCGCAGCGCCUCUACCCGUCUCAGCGGGUCCGCGGUGAGCGGGGGCGGAGAGGGGCGGGAAGGGCUGGGGAGGCCGGCGGGGCCUGUGGAGGCUGGGGAAUGACCUCUCACCCGCACUGCGCGUGCGCAGUGAGCUGCGGCGCCGCGGGGCACCGUGGGAGUUGGAGUCCCUGGCGGUUCUGUGCCGCGAGCAGGAUACGGGCCGCGAAGCGGGUCUUGGAGGGAGACUUCCCGGCGGGCGCGGGGGGUAAGGGGAGAGCUGGCUGGGAGAGUCGCCUGGGAGUCCUGAGCAGGAGGAGUCAGCCGCUGGUCCUUGCGAAGCUGGGCUGGGGAGACUACAAUUCCCAGAAGCCACCGCGCCGUGUGUGAAGGGGGGGCAACACUACAUCAAUAGAGGGAGCGGAAUAGCCCCCUUGUAUGCCCCCCGGCGCCCCCUUUCUCUGCUGCUUCCUCUGUUAGAUCUGACACGCUUAGGCUCCCCCCGCACCCAAAUCAGUGGCUCGCUAUAUCUUUCCUCUAGGCCUUAGUUUGGGGUUUCGCCCCCCAACCCCCUUCAUCGUGGUCCCCCAGCCCUUCCCCGAAGCCCCCCGUUGGCUCUUGUAUCCGUAGCAGCUGAUUUCCUUCAGCCCCACAAUUGAGCAUCUUCCCCCGUCCCCUGUUUAGCCACUUCCUUUUUAGAAACGACGCCAAAUCCAUACGGUAAGCAGAAAUCUGCCACCGUUGGCCCCCAGUAUAUCGCUGGAGAUCGCGUGUGUCUCAAGUAUACUAGGUGUUAUUGGUGGCUGCUGCCUCCAUUCCCUCCCUUAUCGUGGGCUUCUGCGAGAGUCGUUUUGCUGGUCACUGGGGUGGAAGCAGGACGUUGGGCUACUGCUGUACGGAUUGUUUGGGCUGAUCCUCAGAGAGAGGCUCUUUAUCCUCUCUGAAAUGGUUACACACAUCCUUGCCCACUGCUUGCCCCCCAAUCUCCUGGUCUCUGGUUGACCCUUCAGCUCUUAAGCAACUUGUCCUGCUUUAAGCUAAGAUGGCAGCACAGAAUCUUUGCUUUCUGUGGUUCUGUUUUCUCAGCUUCCUCUCUUUCCCCCCGGAUGGAGUGGUCAUCUCAUCUGUUCUUGCUUCGCACUUUGCCACCCAUCUCUCGGAGCAUUACAACUUUCCAGCCCCUUAACUUACAGCAUUGCUCUAUAUUCUUAGUUACAGCACAGAAACCCCUCUACACUUUACAGAAAUAUGGGGUUCCUCUGUCUUUCACUCAGCUUCAACCCCCCCCCCACCUUCCCACUGUCUAAUUUCCCAUUCCUGCAAUACACGUUUUUGUGGGGAGCCAAACAGAUGCAAUCUAGCUAUACAGAAUUAGAGUUGCUGCUUUUUCUGUCUUUGAAAGUUGAGUAAACAAGUUCACUUUCUAGUUGCUUCAUCUCUAGGGAUAGAUACACGUAUUGAAUUUCUGUUUGUCAUACAACUGUUAAAAAGGAAAUGUUGCAACCCCUUGCUCUGCUGCUGUCAAUUUUGUGAUGUGGAGCAGAGAAAAUUUCACAUAGUGUUUUCUAACAUCUAUUUAUUUCACCUUAGCCCUCAGACAUGGAACAGGAAUAUUUUACAACUUUGAGAGAAAGGAAAUGAAUAUUAAGAGACCAAUCUUUAAAAGCCUUACCAAGAAAGACAGAAAUAAAAUAGUUACAGAAUAAGGAUGUAUUGAAUAUUCAAAUGUGAAAUUAUUUUUAUUGUGGCCUUAAAAUAUUGCUGUGGGGGCUUGGCCCUCAAUCUUGCUUUAAGAAAACUAGAGCAGCUGAUUCAUGGAAAGUGAUCCCAGCCAAUUGGGAAUCAGGUAGUCAGCCUAUCUCAUAGCCAAUCAGAUUUGGUUACACAGUGAUGUCAUGAUGUUCUUCCUGUUUUCACUUUGAAUGAGGAAAUGCUUUAUCCUGUGUUGCAGGAUAAUACAAACAAUAAGCAAAAGAGGAGGUUUGUUUUUGCAGAUGGCCCUUUCUAUAUUUCAGCUUAACUUUAUACAAGAAUGCCUGUGUGUGGAUAGUGUUCACAGAUUUUGGUGUGUGUGACUGGGAAGAACUGCUCUGCUUCAGUUUUUGGUGUGUACACACUUAGGAUUGAUUUGGUAAUCCACAUGUGGAUGCUGUGCUUAUUUCUAUGAAGAAGUGCUUUCUUUUUAAGAAUUUUGUGGCAUUCAGGGAAAAUAUAACAAACGGCAUUGUCCUACUGAAAUCACUUUGUUUUUACCUGAACUUUCUUGAAAGUCAUAAGCAGCUCAGUCUUAUAGUUCUGCUUGUGGAUAUGUUCCCUUCCUUUUUUGUUUCUGUCAUAGUUCCUUGGGUUGGAACAUUUUUAAAAGUUUGUUUUUAACCUAUUUUUCCUUAAUUAAAAAUGGCUCAUUAAGGCUGGACAGGAACCAAACAAAAUGAAGGCUUUUGAUAAGGUGUCACUUAUGUCUUCUGUAGUUUAAAUGUAUAAUUAAGUACCUAAGAAGAACUUACUACAUCACUUCAGUGGCCCAUUUAGUCCAGUAUUUUGUUCUCACAGUGGCCAACCAAUGCCUAUGGGAACUGUAGAUCAAUCUGCGCAAUUGCUUGCAAUAAUGUAGGCUUGCAAUAAGUGCUUAUUUCCCCACUGCCGCCGCCACCCAGUUGUGAAUCACCUCUUUAGAAUUAUAAUCCCUUACAAUUUAUUUUUCAUCAUCAGAUCUACGCUGUGAAAUGGGUCGUUUUAAAAAUCCCAUUUGCUGAUAGGGAACUCAGGCAAGGAGGCAGUGGCUUCCCUACAGCCAUUAGGUGAAUGGAUGAUCUGGUGUUUAAACUGGGGAGAAGGGGUGUGCAUAGUGCCAGUGACCACUUUGUGACCACUUUGGCUCGCCUAUAAAUGUUGACAGAACAAAUUAUUGUAUCCACUCUCCAGAUUUGAUGCUUGUUUUUGUUUUGUUUUGCAAGAUAAGGGUAAAGGAGACCCCUGACCAUUAGGUCCAGUCGUGGCCGACUCUGGGGUUGCGGCGCUCAUCUCGCUUUACCGGCCAAGGGAGCCGCUGCACAGCUUCCGGGUCAUGUGGCCAGCAUGACUAAGCCGCUUCUGGCAAACCAGAGCAGCGCACGGAAACGCCGUUUACCUUCCCGCCGGAGCGGUACCUAUUUAUCUACUUGCACUUUGAUGUGCUUUCGAACUGCUAGGUUGGCAGGAGCAGGGACCGAGCAACGGGAGCUCACCCUGUCGCGGGGAUUCGAACCGCCGACCUUCUGAUUGGCAAGUCCUAGGCUCCGUGGUUUAACCCACAGCGCUACCCGCGUCCCUUUGCAAGAUAUAGAAACUUACAUUAGAUUUGAUACAAAACCUAUUUGCACUUAUCUAGAAAUACUUCCUUUAUUUAUGGCAUUUAUAACCCACCCUUUCUUCCAAGGAGCUCAUGGUGCAUGCAUGACUCUCCCCCUCCUCAGUUUGUCCCCACAACAACUCUGUGGGGUAGGUUAGGCUGAGAGGCAGUGACUGGCCCAGGGGCACCCAGUGAGCUUCAUGACCCCAAGUGGGGAUUCAAAGCCUGGUCUCCCAGGUCCUAGUCCAACAUUCCAACCAGUACGAUAUAGAGAGAUGAUUUUUCCUUGCCCAAGGGUAAAGCAUACAGCAGUACUAAUCUGAAGGGAGGUGACAUGACUAUGUUUGAGAAGUUGUAUAAAAUCAUCGUGACUGGAUUUAAUGGUGCUCUUUUGACUGGCUUUUGGCGGUGCCACUAAGGGAAGCCUUUAUUUGCUUCAUUUCCUCUAAAGCUGGGGAAAUAGACACAUCUGUUUGAACAGUGCUAUUGGGCUGCCAACUGACCAGGACAAAAACGCAGCCUGGUCUGCUCUUGCACCUUGAACAGUAGUUUGGUAUUGAAAAUGUUUCAUAGCAUGGAGAUAAAUAUUUCCACUUGCUGAUGUCUGCACAUUUAGCUAUAAAAGACACAGCCCGGCUGGGUCAGAUCUAUAGUUGGCAACCUUAGCUUCUUGGGCCCAAGAACUUGGGGGAAUUGGUGAUGGAUAUUGAUCCCUUUGUUCUUUCUUUCCUCCCAGUAGGAGAAAUACAGGGACUGGCCUUUUAUUUUUGCUGUUGCCUCUCUUGGACCCAGGACCUGGGUUCAGUGCUGUCCUGUGUUGAGCAGUGGACAGAGUGCAGUCAUCUAGCCACAUGGCUGUGCUUCUUGCUGUUGUAGCCUUAAAGGCUGCUAGCCUAAAAGAGAGAAAAUGAACAACCACUUAGCUUAUGCUAUUUCAUUAUCCCAUGUGGGUAACUACUACUCACUGUCAGAGGCUAGCAAAUUAUUUUUAGUUAUUAUAUUUUACAUUUGUAUCCCACCUUUUCUUCAAGGAGCUCAAGGUGACAUUUAUAGUCAUUCCCUGGUCCCCUCCACCAUCCAUUUCAUUCUCAAAACAACGCUGUGAAAGAGAGAGUGACUGGCCUAAGAUUACCCUGUGAACUUGAUAGCUACCUCAGAUUUUUUCACUCCAACUAUGGCUAGUUGGUUGGAGUGUGGUGCUGAUAACACCAAUGUUGCAGGUUCGAACCCCAUAUGGGAGAGCUGCAUAUUCCUGCAUUGCAGGGGGUUGGACUAGAUGAUCCUCAGGUUCCCUUCCAACUCUAUGAUUCUGUGAUAGUAAAAGCAGGUCAAGCAUACAAUAUUGUAGGAUGAGUGACAGUACAAACAAUAUUACAACUAAUCCAGAAUGUGGCAGCUGGACUGGUGACUGGGAGCAGCUGCCAGGGCCACCUAACACCGGUCCCGAAAGACCUACAUUGGCUCCCAGUAUGUUUCCGAGCACAAUUCAAGGUGUUGGUGCUGACCUUUAAAGCCCUAAACGGCCUCAGCCCAGUAUACCUGAAGGAGCAUCUCCUCCCCCAUAGUUCAGCCCAGACACUAAGGUCCAGCACCGAGGGCCUUCUGGCGGUUCCCUCACUGUGAGAAGCAAAGUUACAGGGAACCAGGCAGAGGGCCUUCUUGGUAGUGGCACCCACCCUGUGGAACACCCUCCCAUCAGAUGUCAAGGAAAUAAACAACUGACGUUUAGAAGGCAUCUGGAGGCAACCCUGUUUAGGGAAGUUUUUAAUGACUGAUGUUUUAAUGUAUUUUUAAUCUUUUGUUGGAAGUCGCCCAGAGUGGCUGGGGAAACCCAGCCAGAUGGGCGGGGUAUAAAUAAAUUAUUAUUAUUAUUAUUAUUAUUAUUAUUAUUAUUAUUACUAUUUAUUAUUAUUAUUAUUAUCAUUAUCAUUAGCAGAAGGAUCUUGUUGGCAUGUGGAUCUUGCUAACAGUAUCAAUUCGGGGUGGUGGUUCUGCUUAUUAUUGAACACUGUCUAGUUUGGUGCUUUCUUUUAAAUAUUAUAAUCACUUUAUAUAUUUGAUUUUAAUCACCGGGUUGUCUUUUUCUAAUUUUCCUCUUGUCUUGUGCCCUCUGAUUGAACAUGAACCCAUAGAUACAUUCAAAGCUUAAGGGGUUAUUGAUUUGUUGGCAUAAGUAGAUUAGACAACAAAUGAUUUGCAUUUCUUUCUGUAAGGAUGUAAAAGAGUGAACAUCUCAGCUGCCUAGAUUUAUUUAAAAUAAAAUAAAAUUGGAUGAAAGUACUGAAGCUUUUUGGAAGUGGACCAGCAAAGGAGGAGGGGGAGGGAAUAUGAGAACAUUUGGUAGUAACUAUGAAAGAAAUGAAAAUAUUGAAAGAGCGGAAGAAAUUUGACCCAUUGCUGUGUUUUCUUCCUUGCAGUGCUGCUCGAUUCUCUCACCAGGAGUGAAAAAUCAUCAAAUGGCCAUUCGCAAACCAAGGAAUCCACAAACCCCCACCUUAGAAAAAUGAGUGGGGACAUCCCUGCAGCCAAUGGAGAGGCAGGUGGGGAUAUCAGUAAAGGUUACACUCAAGAUCAGGUAGAUGCAGUUAAGAGGUAAGUGUACACAUCAGAUUUUGUUUGUGUAUUGGAGGGCCCUAGCUUGCUAUCACAGAGUCAUUUUUUGGUCACAUUUGGGAGGUAAGUUCAGGGUGCAGGUGCUGACUUACAAUGAAUUAUGGCAACGUAGUCAUGGAGAGCAACAUCUACUGUAAGACAGGUCUGUUUACCUUAGGAAUUGCUACUUUGCAUUCACCAAAGAGGAGCUGGGCUGCUUUUGCUGAAGUUGCUGAAAUUCCACAAUAAGGACUUGUUAUUUUAUUUGGUUCCCAAACUUCCACCCCCACAGACCACUUGAAAAUUGCUGGGGGGGGGAUGUCUUGUGGGAUACCUUACUGGUUAUGAUUAUAAUGCAGUAAAUUACAACAGAAGAAAUAGAAGAUGUAAUAAAAAUGCAGUUAAAAAGAGACAUGACUAUUUAGCGUGAUGGCUGUGUCUGCCACCUUCAACUGCAAAUCCACAGGCAGGCUGCGGACUACCUGAAUGAAGCUCAUGGAUCACAGUUUGGGAACCGCUGGGGUAGACAAUACAGAGCUAGAUGAACCAGCGGUUUGAUUAAGGCAGCCUCCUUUUGUUCCUGUGUUACUUUUGAACUUUAAAAUAGGUAAAGGUAAAGGUACCCCUGCCCGUACGGGCCAGUCGUGUCCGACUCUAGGGUUGCGCGCCCAUCUCGCUUAAGAGGCCGGGGGCCAGCGCUGUCCAGAGACACGUCCGGGUCACAUGGCCAGCGUGACAAAGCUGCUCUGGCGAGCCAGCACCAGCGCAGCACACGGAAACGCCGUUUACCUUCCCGCUAGAAAGCGGUCCCUAUUUAUCUACUUGCACUUAAGGGUGCUUUCAAACUGCUAGGUGGGCAGGAGCUGGGACCGAAAGACGGGUGCUCACCCCGCCGCGGGGAUUCGAACCGUCGACCAUACGAUCGGCAAGUCCUAGGCGCUGAGGUUUUACCCACAGCGCCACCCGUUUUGAACUUUAUACCCUUCCAAAUAGCUCAGAUGAGCCCCUAGGGCUGCGUACAAUAUAUGCAUCAGUGAAUAAAACAUGUACUAAAAUACAGUACAUUAAAAGCAUUAUUAUUAUUUUAUUUAUUGCUUAAUGUGCAAUAAAGUCUUAAUGUGAUUUACAAGAAAAACAACUAAAAAUGUGUUUUAAAAGCAUGCGGAAAACAUUGUUUUAAAACCCACGAUCCUAGGCAGAGACCUAAAAACAACAACAUCCAGAUGUAAAAGCUGGAUGAAGUAGAACAAAACCAUAAAGCUAUAAAAAUGCAGUCAAAGUCCAUCAAAACAACUUAAUAUUCCCAUUAAAGUCUCCUAAGGCGGCGUGGGCAACGGGUAACUUCUCUCAAAGUUUUCCAAAAGAAAACAGUCUUUGCUGGCUUCUAAGAAUCAAUUCAAGUAAACCCGCCAAGCUUCUCUGAAGAAGGAGUUGUGUAGCAAGGAUACUAACACUGAAAAAGUGCCACCGCUUGAGCCAGACAAGCUGAGAUAUAUAUAUAGUAUUAGCAGGUGGACUAGGGCCUCAUUUGAUGACCUUAGCACCUGGGGAGGCUGAAACAGGAAGAGGUGAGCCACAGCGGUUGGCAGGACCGUUCCCAAUAGAGAACCCUUAUCCAUGCACACCUUUCAGCAUCAGAGAUUACACACCCAUUAGCCUUACAACUAGAAUUUAAGCAAGCUGUGAUCUAAGGGCUAGAGCCCUGUAGUUUUUUGUCUUUUAUUAUGGGGGUUAAUUACUUGCUGGGCAUUGUGUAUGGUUUCUAAAUUACACUUGCAAUCCGCUCUUCCUCCAGAGAACUCUCUAUGGCUUACAUGUGAUUCCUAGAUGAUCUCUCAUUAGAGACAGAUCCCUUUAGCUUCAGGAAUAGAACUGCAUCAUGUGGCUUCAGACUUGGGAGGUAAUCCUUUACACAUUUACCUGAGAGUAAGUCCAGCUAAAAUCAGUAGGGCUUACUGCUGAGUAGACAUGUAUAGGAUUGCACUGUGAGUCUCAGUUAACUUUUGGUUUCUUAUAUUACGAAACCAGUUGUCUGUUUGGUCAUUGACCUUCAACGAGGAAGGGUAUUUCUUUAUACAUGGCCAUUUAGUCUUUUGUGUUUUUUGCCUAAUAUGAAGGAAGUUCGUCUUGAAGCCCUGAAUUUUAAAGCUAACAGAACAUGCCUAAAGUUUGGGUCAGGAUAAAGGCAAGCUGUUUCCGAGUUGUUGUUUUUAGCGUAAUGCACGGUUGUGUCACUUGGGGGCAGCAUUUUCACUGCAUUGCAUCUGCUCUUUGAGGGCCAGUUCUCUAGAACUGAAUCCAGAAGUCACAUAUAAGUCGCAUACAAAUGCUUAUCUGUAAGUUGCUUUCUUGCACUUUGUAUAGUUGGGUGUUGUUUUUUUGUAGCCAAGCUUUGGAUUAUCACCUGCACUGUAGGAAACCAGUUCAUCGUGUGCAUAAUGUGCUUACUUGGCCCCCGAGCUUCACAUGGUGUUCGUGUGCAUACAGACUUCCUCAUUCCUUUCAGUAUAGGGAGCAGACAUCUUCCUGCACCAAUGAAUGUGCAUGUAGACCUGCUUAUUCCUUGGGGAUGGAUAGGGAAGCCAUUGAGGGUAGCGGCAUCUCCACAGCUUUUGUGACCAUAGAAAUCUAUUUUAAUGUAGACUUCAAAUGUAUCUGCUAUGGACAUAACGUAGGCAGCUUCUGCCUGCAUUACUGCUGCUUCUUAGAGAGAGAAUUUGUCCUGCCACCUGAGAGCUGCUGCUUUAAAUCUAGAAAAGACAGUGCUAUGUCACGGUGGCAGCACCAGAUGACUGGGAGCAGUGCAGAGUCUGGAGAGUGAAAUUGCUGCUGCAAAGGCCCUUCUUCCCCAAAGUGAUUUCCAUGUCAUGAAGCCUGACUAUCCUGCAUCUUGGAGAGCAAAAGAAACAUUCCUCCUGACCACAGACAUUGAGCUUUGCAGCCUCCAGACACCUCGUAAAGGGACAGGGAACAUUUGGCCGUUUAAGGUGGCGGCCGGACUUCUUCCCUGGUUGGCUGGUUUUGGGAGAGAGUCAGGGAUGCCCUGCUCCUCUUUGAAAGCCGGCGUUGGAUUAGUGUCCAAGCCCACAGAUCUUUUUACAUGCAAAGCAGCAGACUGCAUACAUGCAGCUCUGUGUGAGGAAUCUGUGCCCCUUCCUGCUAAAAAAGUAGUCGUCAGUGAGCUGAGACAGAAGAGUUUAAAAGGUUCAAAUUCAGAAAUGUUUGAGAAACCUUGCUUGCAUCCCUUAAACGCAGCUCAGGGCUGAGCCAGCUUGCACACACAACUCUGCUUCUCUCUCUUCUGGCCUUAAAGGGACAGUAGAGCUUGAAGGCUAAAAGAGAAAUCCUUGUGUGUAAGGCAGGUGCAGCUGGCAAUUUAGGAUUUGCAAGGGGUCAGGUGUUGCUUGCUGCAGGUGAGUAGCAAAUGGUUAAGCUGGGUAGCUGAACCUCUGAUGGGGAAAGGGUGAAUGGAUGUCCCAGUUAAUGGUGCAGCAUCAAUGAAUGCUUUUGAACCAGUUGAGGAAAUAAAACUAGAGGACAGUAUUAGUCUGAAUUGUAAUUUGGGGAAAAUGGAAAGUUAAACUAUUUUUUAAAGUAGAUUUUCUGUCUCUUAUUAACAGCUGCUAUGUGCUCUUCUCUUUACUUUUUAGGGUAAAACAAUGUAAAGACUAUUAUGAAAUUCUGGGUGUGAGCAGAGACUCCUCCGAUGAGGAUCUGAAAAAGGCGUACCGGAAAUUAGCACUGAAAUUUCACCCUGAUAAGAAUCAUGCACCUGGUGCAACGGAGGCCUUUAAAGGUAAAAUGUAGUCUCUUUUUUGUGAGCCGUCUCUCAGGACCAUGAAAGGUAGUGCCUUGGGGUGGCAGAGGUCAAGAGAUGAGGGUUAGUAGCUUUUUCUUGGUUAGAAUUAGUGGGUUUGUUGUUGAUGUCUUUGGAUUUAAGUCUUGGAGAUCGGGGGUUUAGUGUAUUGCUUGUUACCACUGUAAACACCUUGAAAAAUCUAAGAGGGAGAGUGUGUAAUAGGAGAGGCCAGCUUAUUUGUCCCAUUCGUGGAUCUGACGCUGAGACUUUUCUACCACAUCUUAAAAUUGCAGCAUCUAAGAUUAUCCUGCAAGUCCCCUUGAUUUCAGUGGCAGAAAGUUACCCUUGCACUAAGGGGGGUUAAACUACCUCUCUAGGUUCUUAAUAGCUUCUUUACUACUCCUAAUUGUAUUGGAAAUCAUCAUGGUGGCUGAGUUCAAACACAGCUUUAAAAUCCAAAGGUUCUGGUUGUGGGGGGGGGGGGGUCCCUCCUGAUUUUCAGAAUUGGAACUGGAUCAGAGCUCUCAUUUGAGUAAAAUAAUGGAGGAGUAAUUAUACAGAAUACAGAAUGUGUUCCCAUAUGUUAUUGGAAAACAGAAAGCAAGUCUGUUCGGUCCCUUUUGGGAUCCUAAAUCUAGGCCCAUUUCAUUUGACAGGAAAAGGGUCUAGUUGACCCUUUGUGUGCUCAGGUUAUAUUAAAACUGCACUUGUCUAGACAUCUGGCACAAAAAAAGCUCUUCAAUAGUGUGUUCUCCAGGGUGGCGAAAGGCAGGUUUCUUCACCUGUAGACUUUGUUAUUAUGUUUACUGAAGGCUUUACUAAGAGUUGCAUGUCACAACUCGGGCAUGAAGCAAGAUAAUGCUUUAUCCUCCCUGACAGGGCCAUUUUUCAGGAGGUUAUCUUUACCAAAGCCGAUUUCAUUCCUCCUUUUACCCUCUCUGUGUUAGCACCCACGUGCCCACUAAGGUUCACCUCUUUACCUUUGGGGAAUGGAAAGAGGCAUGCACUCCUUUCUGGAAAUCUCUUGGUUAAUAUUUUUUCAGAUGUUAGCUGGUGCUUUAGUGUUCCUUUUCCCCAGUGAUCUCUGAUAAGUGUGACAUUUUUUGCCUUCGGACCUUGUUUAUGGUCCUCUUCUUUCUUAGGAGUGUGCUUGCAAAAACAAAAUAACUGCUUUGCUGCAUCAGAAUGUAGAGCCACUGACAGAUAUAUCCUCAAUAAAAUUGAACCAGGACAUAAGAAUAUGUCAAGUCAUAAAGGUGAUCGGGAUGGGGCCUAAUAGCUUAUCAAAUUCUUGGCAUAGCCUGUUUGGAACGCUUGGACUUUGUUCAUCAUUUAUGAACUCCCUUUCCAAUAAAAGCAGAACCAUUAUGAAAAGGCAGGCCAUUAAAACAAAAACUUAUUAUUGUUAUUCAAUUGGACUAGUUGACUCUUGGGGUCCCUUCCAACUCUACAAUUCUAUGAUUCCAUGAACUUAGCAAACCGGUUGCACCCACUGCAUCAGUAGGCCAGAUUUUUCUUUCAUGCACAUUUAUCCUUUAGAUGCCUUUUUAAAAUAGAGAUUUAGUAAGGGCUUUAAAAUCAACUAGAGAAGGAUGGAAAGCAGACAGAAGAGAGGCUGCUGUUAUUACGAGUAUCGAAAACACAUUCUUUUAAAUGCUUGAGGCACUUCAUAAUGAAUAUGUAGGGUAUAUCUGCAUUCACUAUCCCCAUUCUACAGGUGGGCUGAACGAGACCACCCAUUUACUUCCUGCCUGAUGUGAGAUAUGAACUGGGGACUUUUCCAGUUUGCUGGCUUUAGGCCACUGGCUGACAUUUGCUGUCGCUGGAGGCAAAAAUACGAAUCCUUUCUUCUUUCUUACAUUUCAGCUAUUGGUAAUGCAUACGCAGUAUUGAGUAAUCCAGAGAAGAGGAAGCAGUACGACCAGUUUGGAGAUGCAAAAGUCAGUCCCACACGGCACGGGCAUAGCCCUACGGACUUCAACCGAGGGUUUGAGGCCGACAUCUCUCCUGAAGACCUCUUCAAUAUGUUCUUUGGUGGUGGUUUUCCUUCUAGUAAGCCUUUUGUUUUAAAUCCGGUGGGGAGGUGGGGAGAAGGUUGGGGAAAUGAGGAGUCACACACUCAGCUGGCUUCCCUCCACAGUCACUUACCAGAACCAAAGCAGGCCCUAGAUAAGGCAAGAUAACCCCCCCCCCCCAGUUGAGCAGGGAAGUGCUAAUAGAAUCCAGAUGUUAGAGCAACAACUCAACUUUCUAGCAAGCAGGGUGAAAGACCCUUCCGCAACGUAUUUGGUGGCAGUUCCCUUUAAAGUUGAGUUGGAAAGAGACUACUGUUUUAAGGAAGCUUCCUUUCUCUCCUGUCUAACCUUGCAUGAAAAUGAAAACCAUUCUGACCCAAUACACCCUCCUAGGUUUCCUUAUCGGUGCAACCAGGACCGGCCCUACUGUUAGGCAACUGCCUCAGGUAGAGGACAUUGGUGGGCAGCAGCAUUCCCUGGUGGUUCCUCCUCAGCCACUCCUCUCUGUUGUUACAAGGCCUGAUAUGACCUGCUGCCUUAGGUAUGGUGGAGGACACGAUCCUGUCACUGGCGUUGGCGCAAGAGUCGCUUACGGCCCCGUUGGCUUCUGCACAUGAAAUGAAGAGGGGGCGCCAUCUUGUCCUUUGCUGAAGGCACCCAAAUUCCUGAGCGCUGCACAACUCCAGCCCAGCACCGGUGCGGUUGCCUGCUUGGGCUGCACAAGCGAAAAUGGAGCUCUUGAGUGAGAAAGCUUCCCUCAGGGGCUGUGUUGUGCUUGAAGUACGCUUUCCCUCCCUGUAGGUAGAAGACAGGACCUGUCGCCCUCCAGGUGUGGUUGGACUUCCAUCAUCCCUGCUCAGCAUGGCCAGGGGUCAGGGAUGAAGGGAGCUGAGGUCCACCAACAACGGGGGGCAACAGGGUCCCCAUCCCAGGGGUAAGGAAAGGAAAAUCAUUGCUGCCUACUGGACAGAUUAUUCAGCCAGCUGAGUGGAGGUGUUGUGGGCCUCCCCCUCUCAACCUGCAGAACUCACAACAUAGAGAGGUGCUGUGUCUGAGGCCCAAUAUGAUCACCAUACUUGGAACUAGGAAGGCCUUUUCCUUGGGGUCGAAAUUGACUAGAGAGGUGAAGGAUGGAGUGUUUGGAAGAGGUUGCAUUCCCUGCAGCAUGUGCCUUGGCUCCCUUGCUUGAAUCCUUUGGAAUUAGUUGCCGUCCCGGUUCCUUUUCCGCAGCGUACACUGUUUGUGGUUUCAAUAAUUGGUAGAGCUGCUGGUGACAGAUUGCUUAGUCCGCGGCCAUUUGCCCUCGUAAGAGCUCCUUCCCGUUCUUCUUUCCGCACUAGAUAAUUCGGAGGCUCUGCCAACCGCCAGCAGGAAUGGAUCUGAUCUGCAUCAUCUAACUAAAUUUAAACCUUGCAAGGGUAGCAGGUUAUAUAGGAAAUGGUGCCGUAGGCCUUGCAACACAUUAACCAGUUCUAAAGUCACUCUUGGGUUCCCAUAAACAGCAGAUGAGCUGGCAAAACUGUUCCUGAACUGUACCACUUCAAAGUACAGGUGGGGGGUUGUGUGACUGAAUGAUCCUUGAAUAAAAAAAGAUCUCGGCACAUAGAAAGCAGACAUAUCAGAGAGAGGAGUUCUAGCCUAUACAUAUACAUACACCACACACACAGGGUGGAUACAGAGUACACAUGUUCCACGGGCCCUCUUUUAAAAGACCCACCCUGUAUGUAUAUGCACUUCCUAUGACCUGCUACCUUCAGUUCUGUACUAGCAUUUGGAUCCAAACUGAUGCCAUGAAACAAUAAAUACUCAGCUCCCAUUUGACAGCCGACUCUCCUAAAACAUGCACUAUGGUGUGAUUACGCAUGGGGAAAGAGCAUCCCAUUUUUUUUCUAUGGUCCCUGGCCAUUGUGGUUUUGUGAUUUCUUCCCCUGGUCACUUCGCUGGUGUUUGUGAUCAACGAAGCUUGACGUUGAAACAAGACUCUGUGGCUUUCUAAAUGUUUUGCAUGCCACAAAGAAAGGCUUUGCGGUCCAGGGAUUGGAUUAAACCACCAUAUCUUGCUCUAGUUUAAAAAUGCAAGUUGCUGGUGCUUUUGUGCUGCCUGGACAAUAGUCACUGUUAACAUAUCUCUGCUCCUAUCUUUACUCGUGUGAAAUAUAAGUCUGCUGUACUGUAUCCUAAAGGCAGAAAAUCCCAGGCCUUUGCAAAAAGCUUUAUUAGUUCCACAGCUGUGUGUUACAAAAGAAGUGCAUGUUUCAAUGGAAAAAGCCCUUCAGGUAGAUGAGAGAAAUGGAUAGCGGCCCAUUGAUGAGAUGCCCAUUGUAGGAAUUCGCAAAUCUUCAGGGCAUAAAAACAAGUGUGUUGCUAAUAUUACAGCUUGUAGCUGAAUAGAAAUAACAAAUGGAAAAAGCAAAUGGAAAAUUACAGCUUUAAAAAAAAAUCUAAAAAAAUAUUUAUAUAGCAUCAAAGCCAGUGUGUUAAAUAUGCACAUUUAUGUGUUGAUAAAGACUCCUAGAUGAUGUACAGGUGCAAUAUUAGGGUGCUUUUCAAAGAAAAACACACAUUGGCCAAAUUACAUUUGUUUUCAAUGUUUCCACAGCACAGAUCCUCGCCAAAAAGUACUCCUUGAGCAGUAAUGUCAGAUCCAAAGGGGGCAAGCACAUGUUCAUUUUCCAAAACAUCCGUGAACAUGCACUGUUUACUCUCCAUCUCUCGAGUGUGUCUUAUGCCUGAUAUGCAUGUUGGAAUUCUGAGCUUUAAAAGCACUUAAGAAACAAAAAUUAGGGAUCAGACUGAUGCAUGUACUCCUUGCCCUCCACUUUCCCAAAGCUUUUGGCUCUCUAACCUAUUGUGAUCCCCAGCAGGUUGCUGUUCUCUAUCAUAAGCUUUUGGAGGGAUUUUAGCAUGCCUUAGAGCCUGGCUAUUGAAAGCACUAAACAUCCCCUAAAGAUUGGAAAGCUCCGUAGUGGCAGAUGUGUGACAGAUGCAAGGGAGCCAACCAAGAAAUCAGGAGGCAGAUUUCCAGGAGCAAAGGUGUCAUUGCCUGCACCAAUCUUAAGAAAACCCCUGACCUCUCCCUCCUCUUUCUAAGGAGUAAUUUCUGACCGGCGUGUCGGUGUCAGUUUGGUGCCAGCUCCUGACCAUGUCUAGGAGACGAUAUGGUGAACAGGUAGCCAGAGCAGGAAAGCGGGGGGAAAGAAGCAAGGGGGAACAGAUGAGACUGAGGCCGAGUGACCUGUAGGGCUCUCAAGAACUGAGGAAGGGCUUUUGAGGAGAGGAGGGGGGUUGUACUUAUCUGAGUCUCCCUGGCAGGCCCCACCCUUAAUAGAGAGCCCAAAGGAAGACGACACAGGGAGUGCACCGUCUCUGCCUGCAGCAGGAAGCCUCCGAGAGUGGUGGAAUCUACCUGGAGGGAACGUCGGGGAGAGCCACGUGAGAUGAUGAACCUUCUGGGAACCAGAGCCCCCCCCCCCCCGGCUCAGGGAGUGGGGUGGCUGAAUAGCAACCGCCUGGGGAUCCUUUGUCUUAAGAGCCACAAAGUGGGACAUGCAGGAAUGUGGGGAACAGGCCUGUAAAAGUAACGCCAGGGGACUGUGAAGGUCCAUUUCUAUGACCACUGCCCAUCUUUCCUGAGCGAGAGACUCACAACUCUGUGCCGGGUGACCUACCUGCCAGGUGGCAUAUGCCCUGCGAUAAAAGUAAGAGUUGCAAAUAAGACAAGGUUUUGUCAUUCUUCUCUCGAGCCGAACUGCACCCAUGUCAGUAGCCUAGGCUACUUUUGCAGUUGUGACUUGAGCAGUUCUGCCGCUUACUUUUUGAGAAAGCCUUUAAAGUUGCAUUGUUCUUCCAUUCAUAUUUCCUUUGACACACCAAGGGGUUAGUUGCUAAAGGAUUAGAACCCUGAUCGUAAAUACGACCUACCUGUUAGUGCAGUGGAACGCAUCUUCCACACGAGCGUAACUCAGUAUAAAGUCUUGGUUAAGCUGGUUUCUCUGUUGCAGCCUUUGGAACAACCCAGCCUGUCAUCUCACCCAUUAUGGAGUUUGUCCUGUCAUGGGGCUCUUACUAUCACCUUCUAACCUGUCGCUGCACUUGUUAGGGCCUGGUUAAAUUCCAUUCCAGCAGUGAAAUAUUCCAAAUUUUGCUGUGACCUCGGCCAUACGCUGCCUCAGUUUGCUGACACCAUAUUAUUGGUUGCUCUUAACAACUCCCGCUUUCACCCACAGGUAACGUUCACGUAUACAGCAACGGCAGGAUGCGAUAUACCUACCACCAGAGGCAAGACAGGCGGGAGCAUCAAGGAGAUGUAAGUUGCGGCCAGAAGGAAGAGAAAGUAAAAAUGCUUCAAAACAUACUGACCCGUUCCAGUAAAGCAUUGCUUCUCCGUACUCCUCUGUCCCAGCUGGUUUGUUAACUGUUAAUUAGCCGAAAGCUAAAGCAACCCCACUGGGUUUUUGCUUUUAUAUUUGAUUGCGAUUUUUUCCCCCAGGAUGCAGCUUUCGCCCUUAGGACUGAGUUGCCAAAUAGAGGACGAGUGACUACUUGUCUUCAAUUGCGUUUAACUACCAGUACAAUUGCAUCCUCCAGUGCACUGCACUGAGUGCCUUUUUAAAGUUUCAUAAUUCAAAUGCAGAAGAGCCAAGUGCCAGGCUGUGAACUAGGAUGUUCACCUCUUGCCUCUGGACUUGCUUGGGGCAUCAGGCAAGAGAGACUCUUUUCUCAGUCCCUGCCCCCCAUCUGUGGUACAGGUAUAAUGAUGAUACUGGCCUACCUUACAGCCAUGUUAAAAGGCAGGUUUGGGGGCCCUGUGGGCCACCAAAUGAUGUUGGGCUCAGAACGCCUGCCAGCCCCAGCCAGCAUGUCCAGCCAUUGUGGAUGGCUGUCCAUUGAGACUUACCAAUGGCUACUAGUUAUGAUGGCUGUAUAUUUCCUGUAGUAUUGGAAGCAGCGUGCUCUGGAAUAGCAGUAGCUGGGGCACGCAAGUGGGAAAGUGUGACUGCGCUCACAUGUUGCUUGUGGGUUUGCCAGUGGAAUCUGGUUGUCCACUGUGGAAACAGAAUGCUGGACUGGAGAAUUCCUGGGUUUAACCCAGCCUUUCUCAACCUGUGGGUCCCCAGAUGUUGUUGAACUACAACUCCCAUCACCCCUAGCUAGCAGGGCCAGAGUUCAGGGAUGAUGGGAGUUGUAGUCCAACAACAUCUGGGGACCCACAGGUUGAGAACUGCUGGCAUCAGAGCUUUCCUUGUGUCCUUAUGAUUGUAGCUCCAACAACAUCAGGAGGGCCACAUCUCCGUUACAGUUAUUGCUGAGAUAAAGCCUUCAAAAUAACUUUUGAGCACUCUUAAUGUGCUGUGAAAGUGCUUGGUGUUACUACCAUUGCAGUGGCUGGUCUUUCAACAUCAAGUCCCUCCUUUCCUCCCUGCACCCAGGGCUUGGUCUGAGCAAGAAUGAUGAGGCCCUUCUGUGAAUGCAAAUGCACUGAUGACAUUCCCUUCUUCCUCCCUAGGGUGGCCUUGGGCUGUUUGUCCAGCUGAUGCCUAUUCUCAUCCUCAUCAUCGUUUCUGCUCUCAGCCAGAUGAUGGUCUCCAGUCCACCUUACAGUUUGAGCCACAGACCGUUAGUUCCCUUUACUCUUCUACACAGUUGGCUUAAGUCUUUUGCCAAUUGCCGUUUUUGUUUGAUGCAUUCUUUCCCCUGUGUUGCUUCUUUUCCUUUCCGUCUCUUUCUCUCACACUGAUUAAACCUUUUAGAUCUUCACGUGGUCAGAAUACUCUGUGCACAGGACUUCAGGAUGCAUGGGGGGCAGGACUCACUUGUGUGAAACUUCCCCUUGAUCAGAAUCUGUCUGCACAUGUCUUCUGUAGAAACCCGACUAUAUCUGUUAUCAUGAAAACGGUUGCUGUUUCAGAAAGAGACAUUCUGUGGUCAUUGCCCAAAUGAAUGUGUUACUUAACAAAUCCCUUGUGUUGCUUUCCACAUCGGCAGAUCUUUGGUUUGGAAUUUUUCAUGCAUUCAUUUUAUAAAUUUUCCAAGUGACAUUGGCACAAGCUUCUAGGUUCCAACAUGGUUUGCAUGGGUGAGUGUAAAGUGGCAUUCCAAGUUAUGCAGGGGUUAAGAAAAAACUAUUCUGGAAAAACGGUUUUGCAGGAGUGAAGAGAACCCUUCACCUCUUCCCGCAGGCUUUCCCCUGUGGUGUCAAGUUGAGGUUCUUGAUUCCUGCAAGCUGCUUAUCAAAUCUUGUGGGGAAAGACAAAACCUGUAUCCUCUGUAAUUGGUGUCUUCUCUGCCAUGUGAAAGGUUUCAUUAGUUGUAACGUGCUUGAGGCUAUAAGCUCAGCUCAGCUCUCAUGGUGCAGUGACCAAGUUGACCAGCUGAUUAAGGCUGACGAUGGUGCUAUCUGGGAAAGAACUAGAUAUACUGCAAGGAGAACAUUUCUGAAUGUUUAGUCCAUGGACUCUCUCCCCCCCCCCCCCCGUGCUUUCUCUGCAAGCCACAGGCUGGAUCUGAUCCUGUGAUGAAUGUGUCUCCUCUCUCAUCUGCUACUUCCACUUCUAGAAGGGAAAGGGCAUCUGGAUACCUGAGCCCAUGAGAAAGAGAAGAUCUGUUUUGGUCUUUCCCUUCCAUUCUGCCUUCCAGGAAGGAAGAGAGGGAUGGCGAGGAGAACGAGAUGCCACGGAUGGAGAAGAGUGCUCCGUUUGGGCUUGUCCUUUGCAAUGCACCUUUCUGGCCUAAACUCCACUUGGAGUGGCUCACUGGGAAUGUUGUGCCCAUGAUAGGAUGCUGUGGCGCUUAUCUGUGAGAUGGGAUGUUUGAGAAUUAGGCUGAGUACUGCUAAGGGGCUCAGCAGUUAGCUCAGGUUCUGUAUGACCAAGUGAAAUCUGUCUCCACCCUUAUUAAGUAGGUUGGAAACCCCCAGGGAUGUGCUGUUAUUUCUUGGAAGAUAUUCCCCUGACAGAAGGGAGCCAUCUGAAUGAUUUGGAAUAUGUACAGGAGCCCAAAUAUGUAACACAGGGAGGAUGAUUAGAUUUAAAAUACUACCACCCCAUUUUACAAACUGCAACAUGGAUGGUAUGCUACAUAGAUGUAACACUAAUUUUUGAGCAGUGCAUAAUAAGGUUGCAAAAGAGAUACAAUAGAUUUACAGCUGAAGUCAGCUAUAAAAUCAGGGGGGGGGGGGAACUUACUUAAAAUACAUGCUGGUGUGUUGGCUUGUUUUUUUAAAAAAAGAAAAUGUCUUCACCCAGAAUCAGGAGUUCAACAGGGAGGGAACUGGUCUGAUCUGAGGAGGGAGUUCCGCAGAAUUGGGCCCACAGUACUGAGUGCAUGGCUUCCGCUUGAUACAAGCCGUGGGGCAGGGGUAGAUUUUGAAUGAAAAUCCACAUCUGCACUAUUUGCUUCCCUGAGCAGCAAAUGUGCAUUUGCUGCAGCAUCAUGUCGAAAGCAGUUACCAAAGUAGCAUCAAACAGGAGGAAGCUAGUAGCUUGUAACACAGGCUUUUCCUUGUGUAUAUUUAUUAAAUAAAGGCUUUUUGGGUGAUGUCGCUCAACUGCUUCCACUCCAUCAAUGGUAAGGAUUGGAUUAAUUCAUUUUGGUGGUCCUUACAUUAGCUUCGUUGCUAAGGUUUGAUACUUUGUUCCGGGUCCCUUUGUAUAUUUAGUAGUCUGGAAAAGGCCAGGAAAAGGGUCUGAACCCUUAAGCCUGUGAUUUCCCCUUUGUGUUUAGGGCCCUUGAGCUGCCUCCUUUCUCAGACUCCUUUUAUCAAACUGCAUAUCCUUCCCCCAUUGAGAUUAGGAUGGAAAGCCAAAUGCAUCAAUUCCACUGUUGGCUCAUCACAAGCAAAUUAGCUGCCUCAUCCAAGUGGCAAACAUCUUGGCAGCAAUCCCAUCCCCUGUCUGAGCAACUGAAUAUAAUAUAAACGCAUUCUGCUAGCGUUCCGUCAUUGCAGCCGCAGCAAUUAUGACUGACAAAUGUGCAGUGUCAGCCAGCAGGGGGCGAUGCUGACUCGCCAGCUACUGCUUUGCACUAGACCCUGCUGCUGUUGGGGAAAUCUGGUAAGCUGAGCUCACCAUCUGUCUUGGCUGGUAAAAGGAAGUGCAUUGCUGCUGAAAAGUUCAGAAGCCAUCUAAAUGCUUCCAAGUGAUCAGUUUAAUACUCUUUUGUAAAUCGUCACCUGUGUAAAUAAACCCUUGAGAAGAACCUCUAGCAUGUUUUCUUAAAGUCCCCCCUUCAUAUUUGCUACUGCCCUAUGCUCUGGGUACAGGUAGUCUUGCUUUUUGCAUUUCCCUUGGCCUGUUGCUGGAUUUUGAUGCAAGGCCAAGUGACCUCAUGCUCUUCAUCCUAGUGUGUCUGUGUUGGGGGUCAGUCGGAGAUGGAGUCACUCCACAGAUGAUCUCAAAAUUCCUCUUCCAGGAGUACAAGCUCCUGUAAAUUUUGCCAUGGGCAGAUUUCUUGCAUUAGAGAUUAAAGGCAGCAUUUAAAAAAAAAAGAAGAAAGAAAAUUGAAUGUAUUUUGAUUUUGUUUAAAAGACUGUGAAAUUAUACUCUGUUCCCUAGAAGAAGAAAAACUGCUUAUUAGAGACAAUGUUAGGGAAUAUUUUCAGGCAAGCAUAUCAAUCUUGCCAGCAGCCUAUUUUAGUCUGGUCUCCUGUUGCUUUAGGGGAAGAGCAGAUCUUUUCUCUUUCCAGGUGAAUAAUGGGACUUGAAAGUCAUUUCUUGUUAGCACAAGCUGGUGUUUUUAGGGUUGGUUGCCAUCAGGAAGGGUGAACCCCCCCAAUGUUCCUCUUGCCAUCAGCCAUAUUAAGUGAAUGUGAGCUAAUGGGCACCCACCUCUUGUGCUGGAACCUAUAUCGGGAGUUCGCUUGCAGAGCGAAGAGGUUUUCUUGAAGAUGGCUUGCCUGCCUCAGUUGGCAGCCCAGAGGUCCCAAGCUGAUAAAUGUGACCGAACAUCUUUCAGGCAUAGGAUGAUAAAUGUGUGGGGAGGAAAUGGCAAAAGAAGGUGUAAGAGCAUACUGCUGGGUCUGAGGAGAGACUGAUGAAGUCAAUGACACUUUUUCUGUUCCGAAACACGUGUACUAUUAUUCACUUUUCAAAGUACUUCAGUGCAGUAAGUGAAAUUGUAGUUGCUUAAUAGAUUUAGUAUUAUCCUGCUGGGAAUGCCUCCCGUGCCCCUAGUCCAUUCUGCCCUUGCAGUUUGUGUCCCAUUGAGCAAGGUACUGUGGCUUGCAAGGUACUUCACAACCACUUUGGUUUUGCUAGACGGGGGGGAACAGAGGUUGUUGUUUUUUCCACCUUACAGGCCACCGUACAUGGCCAAGGGUCCUGCAUUUGGUUUGGGUGGGCCUCACAUUUUAGCAAGACUGCUCUAUGGCUUAUUAUCUCCUUAUUCAAACUCAUUUGUGUUGUUGGUUUAGAUCUUUCUUUUUCUUCCCCUUUCCCAGGUCGGUUGGCCAUAUAUACAAGAGAACAACCGAACACUUGAAAGUAUCUUACUUUGUAGCUGACAACUUUGCAGAAGAAUACACUGGGACAAAUCUGAAAAACGUGGAGAGGAGCGUGGAAGACGACUAUAUUGCAAAUCUCCGAAAUAACUGUUGGAAGGAAAAACAACAGAGUGAGUGUCCCAACCUUUGUGGAGCUAGAUCUGGUUUUCAGGCUGGCUACUGGGCCAUCCCUUAGAGAAAGCUGUCUCUCCAAGUUGACUUUUCCCAUCCCUAGAGCUUGACAAAGGUGUUGGAAGGUUCUGAUCCUAAAGAAAAGACAACCCUGACAUAUUUACAAGUCUGGUUCACGGAAGGACCUCGGUCCAGUGUAUUCAGAUGCUACCGCUAAAUCUUGUUCUAGACAAAGCUGAUCAUCAUCACCUAUGGUCAGCACAAUAACUUUGCUGAUAAUAAUCCUCCAAAAGGUAGAGACAAAGACAGGUUCUGAUGUGCUUUCAGUAGUAACCAAGCUGUCUGCCCUGUUCCAACCCUACUUUAGAAAUUGUCCCUAAAAUAAGCUGUAGUUGCAAUGUCUGAGGCAGGUGCAUAGCAGUAGAUGAAUGUUUUUGUUGACUCCCUUACAGCUCCCUGCUCAAAGGGACUUGUGACAAAAUGGGAUAGGUGGUGGGAAAUGUCCUCUUUCCAGAAGCAACUAGGAGGCAAACCAUCUCUCCAGUGGGGAGUAUCUGGGAACAAGUAUUAUACAGGCCCAAGGGAAUAAUUAUGCUUGCCAGCCUUCGUGACAAUUGCUUCAAUGGUAAUGGCUUUCUUUUGCAGAGGAAGGCUUGCUGUACCGGGCACGUUACUUUGGAGAUUCAGAUCUGUAUCAGAGAGCACAGAAGAUGGGCACGCCAAGCUGCAGCAGGCUGUCUGAAGUUCAGGCAUCUAUGCAUGGAUAACUAUUGCGGAAACAGUCCAUAGAGAGCUAAGUAAGAGCUGGUGAUUAAUGCCUCCCCCCUCCCCCCCAUGAUUCUCAAGCACGGCACCAUAGUCCUUAUUUGCUGGCUUAGUCUAACUUAUAGAUGUAGGUCUUCUUUUCCACGCACAGACAUCCCUUAAUCAAGAAGUCACACGUAACGCCAGGACAUUAGGCUUGGUUUGUACUUUGGCCUUUUGGGUUCCUUUCAGCUUCUCCUCCAUAGCAUUUGGGACCAAAACAAAAUGACCUUGCAGCUGAUUGGCCUGUCACAUGUUUAUUUGAGAGCAUCCUUCUACUUUCUCAUCUAGCUGAGAAUUUCAGAACUUAUCUGAAAAGAAAGCAGUUCCAGCUACUACCAUGGAAGCGCCGUUAGUGGAAUGAGCAGUUUAGUAACUUCUCAUUCCGUUGUAGGUGCUUCUCUGACUUCUGAAGCUGCUCCAAGCAACUGGGCCACUUUGCCCACCUGUGAUAAGCCCGUUUGUACUGCCUGCUGCCUCUUGAAUGGGAAAAACGGUUCUAUGGAACCAGCACAGAACUCGAAAGAACUAGGAAAUGGGGGGAGGGGGAAUCUCUUUAAAGAGGAAUUGCGAUUUUCAUUGUGUCGUUGCAAACAACCAAAAAAAGCAGGUUUUGCAGCAGCCUGGUGACAUCUCCGGAACCAUUUGAGGAGCUGCUUGGUGUACAGAUAUGGCAUACAAGGUGUGCAAAUGAGGUUGCAGAGAAUGGCAAGGAUUUUAUCACUUUGUGGUGAGAUUUCCCUGUAAAUAUUGGAAUAGAGAGACGUAGAGAAAAUUAAAACAAUACAAAACCAGCGCAAAGUUCAAAAAAGAUCUGUAUAAAAAUAUGCCAGUGAGGAGUGAUCUUCUCCUUCCCCAUUAAGGCCUUAGUGCUUCGGGUCAAACUGCAUAAUACUCAGAAGCGCUGUGAUUGAAAUUUCCAGUUUCAAAAACCUUGCAAAAUUUAAAAGCAGCUGUGCCAGUAGGGGGACCGAGUGGAUGAGGGCUAUGAUGCUGUGGGAACCUUUUCUCCCCAGGCCUGUUGUUUCGGAAGCUAUGGGCAUGUUUUGGUUUUUCUUUCUUCUGGUGCUUCAUGCUGUUUUAAUAUCUCCUCUACCUAGAAAGUGGCAAGGCCUCAUUGUUGACUGUUAUGGGAAUUUCCCCAUGUACCAAGUUGUCAAAUGGCAAGACUAUAUAUAUUUAAAUGUGCAGAUUAGCAUUUCCAGUUAGUCCAGUUUAUAGGGGUGGGAGAAACUGUGGAACAUGCUCUCUGGGGUUGUCAUUAUCCUUCUAAUACUGUUACUGCUUUUAUUCUCAGACUCUUCAGAUGCCUCAAGACUUUGGGGGAAGUGCACUGAGCCAAGGAGACUUUCUAUUUAAAGAAUCAGACCUUAAAUUAAAAUGGAAUUGGAGAAUUAGCAACGCACAACUGCCCUCUCCUCUCUCUCUCUCUGUCCAGCGUUAAGACUCGGACAUCUCUUAGAAGGGGGGGGGGGGAGACCAUGUCUUUUUUCUGCUUCCUUCACUAUCAACUGUCAUAUGUCUCUGAGAGCAAGCGUUGAGUUGUUUUUCUUUUAAAGCCUGGAGAAAAUCAGAGAGCUUUUGAAAUUGCACUGGUCACUUCGAAGAGAGUGGGAGAAAUUGGAAGAUCUGUAGGAGUUAAAAAGAAAAAGGAAAAAAAAUCAAUUUUAAAAAGCAAGAUAAAUUAUUUAGAAUUAACUUAUAGCUGUAAAUAUGUUGUACUUCUAAACUAUGCAGGGAUAGAAUUAAAUUAUUUCAUUAUUUUGCCGAACUUCAUAGCCCAAGAUGUGUGAAUUUUAGCCUUUUUCCCCUCUCUCCCUCUCUCUCUCUGUUUGACCCCGUGAAAACUUUCCUACAUAAAGCAACCUUGUCUGAUGACACACAAGUUUUGUAUUUUUUAAUAGCUUGGUUUUACUGGAGAAAUCGUUCCCCCUUUUUUUGUAUAAGAGAAUCACUAAAAUUGCUAGGGAGGUUUUUUCUACACACAAUUUUCAGUCCAGUUUUGGAUUUGUGGUCUAAAUCCAUGACCUUUCAACAGAGGGCUUGAUGCUCAUAGAGCGAGAGAGAUUCGUCCCUUUACUUCGUUGAGGUUGCUUGUGCUUUUCGCGUGGAACUUCUUAUUUUUAUGUUUUGCAGUCCCUGUGUUCUCUGCCUUUUAAUCAGUGUUCAUUCUGGUACAUGGACGUUCUUCGUGGAAACCUCCUCCUGGCCAUCCCCCCCCCCCCCGAUGAUUUCUAUCUUGCAGUGCUAUAAAGUUGUAAGCAAAGCUGCCUCCUUUUCUUGGCAAACAGUGACUGCUGAUUUCAUUCCAGGAACCUGGUGUCUGUCAGCAAAGUGGGUCGCCCCCGAUACACAUCCUCAAUUCAUACUGGUGGGGCUUUGGUAGCCCAAGGAAGGGAAGUCCAAGGCAUGGCAGCCUUGUUUGCUGGCUUUUGCCCUUUAUCGGUUUCUGUAAGAGAACAGGGUCUUUUUGUCAAAAGAGGUUUUGCUACUGUCUCUGUUUGCUUGAGCAAGUUAAAAGAAGGGACUGGUACUAUUCCUUUUACUUGACCGGACAGUAUAGUCUAUUUUCCAUUGGAUUUUAAAAAAAUAGUAACUCAUUUCCCUUAGUGAUGCCCAUCCUGUUUUUUGUUUUGUUUUGUGUUUUUAGAAGCAGAUACUGUGCUUUUAACAUGACUACAUGCAGCUGAGUAAAGGUUAAUGCUCACAGUUCUGACGAAUCUAGUUGUGUGCUCCUCCUGUCUCUGUGCUGGAUCCUCCAUUGCCAUCUAAGGAGGAAGGCUACCCUGCAUUCUUUCCUCUUGUGUGGAACUAAAUAGGUGCUCUUGACCAAGGCAAAUGUGUCCUGUUAAGAGAAGACUUAGUUACGCUGAGUUGCCACUGACCACACCAGCUGGAUUCCUCUCUGUUUUGCUCUUCCUUUUCAUCCAUUGGCAUUUUCUAUACAGAGCAUUCAGAAUUCCUUCUGGAAAUUCGCUUGUUCAGAAUAGAAUACCAGGUACCAAAUGACAGGUUAGGUGUAACUGGUAAAAUAUCCUUUUAACUCAUCCUGUUCUUUUGGAGCCGACAAACUGGAUAUUCAUUUAAGAUAAGCCACUGAGUUUGCCUUUUAAUCAGUCUUGAUACCUGCCAUAAGUUUGCCCACACUGAAGGACGGAUUUGCUCAGUGUGUACUUAAAGCCACAAGAAGACCGCCCUGCCCCAUAUUGUUUUGUGAUGGAAGACCUGGGCCACAUCUUUGUCUAAAACCUCAGUCCUGUUAACUAACCUGCAGUGAUCCCUUGAGCUCCAACUGUGUUUGGAGGGUCACCCCAUUCAGCAUGAAGUUGCCGACGUCUCGGAAAACGGCAUUGGCAAUCCCGGUGCCUACCUGUCCACAAACCUUUUGAUUUCUUAAGUAGAUAGAUAGCCAUGGAUGUUAUGAGCGAUGUGCAAUAAAAAAGCAUAGAUCCUGAGAGAUACUUGCAAAGGCUGUGUUUGUUAAUUUAGAAUUAUACAAUUGUACAUCUAUAAAUAAAGAUUUAUAACAUGGAAA